CAGCAGGCUUGAUGGUGCAGCAGAACCGCCUUUGUGUUCCCCGCUGCAGUGGGGGAGCGCAUUUAUCGUCUCGCCUGAGGAAAGGAGCCAAGAGUAUCCUCCAAUCAGCCGUCAGUGAUUUGUAUCAUCUUGUAGAGUCCGCUGAUGGUGAUUUAUGUUGAACCUGAGAGAGACGCUUCACACUCUGACACUACUCACCACCUGGAUGGAAUCCUCUUAACGCUUUUGUUCCUAAUUGUGGGUUUUUAAAAGAAUGGCCAACAGACAAAAGGUGGAUUACUACGGAGCUGCUGCCUCACAUUCAUGAAUUUAUGCUCUUUCCUCCCUGCAGCACAAGAUGGAUGAACUUUCUUUUUCCGGAGCUCUAGAUUGAGCUUUGUUUUGGUCUGUGAGGACACAGAGGGACAGAAGUGAUUAUUGCAGUAAUCUGGAAGAGGGCAUACUCUCGUAUCCGUCCUCAUCCUUACAAUUUGCGUAUCCUCUCUUUCUAUCCUCCCUGAGUCUGUUGCAUCCUGUGUGAGUCCAUACCUGUUGACUCAGAUCAUUCACAUGGCAGGCUCUGGCUUUCAAACUGGAGCUUUUACAGUAGUAGCCAGGUAAGAUUAGAAUUCGCAUCCUCAUGCGAUGGUAGGCUCUAUGUGGAGCUGGAGAUGGAGAGAGAGCAGGAACCGUCGGGACAUUUGACACGCCUGUUUGGCUUUCAGCACCUGCUGUGACUGUCUGCCACAGUUCUACAACUAGACUGGCUAAUGGCAUCUCUCUAGUGCUUACUGCCUAGCCUAGCAGACUGGGAGGGGUUUUUCAAGCGUGUGUGCGUGUCUCUCUCCGUGUGUGUGUGUGUGUGGGUCUUUUAUAUUGGAGUUGGUUAUAUAUUGUCAGUGUUAAGGAUUACACUGAGUGUCUGGAGAGAUUACAGGUGCAGUCAGCGAGGCUUUGAGGAAGGAUUACAGAAGCUAACGCCUUGUCGCUGCCAGAAGGGUGGCUGGACAGAGGUUUACUUUUCAAAGCGCACUGUGUUGAACGGUGAUCAGACUGCAGGGUCUCCUGGAGGAGGUGCAGAUAAGACAUAAAGGUUUAACCCAGGUGAUGAGACAGACAGAGAGGGGAGAGGACCGGGAGAGAUACGCACUCAUGGAGAAAUGGUUACGAGGGUACAGUAUAAUGUGGUACCUUUCUACUUGAGCAUGGAUUAUGUUAGAGAUGGAGAGAGAAAGACAGAGGGUAAUUAAAGAACGAGUGCAGGGUUUAAGUCAAUACACUGAUUUCUCCCACUUUAACAGUGGAAGCACGGGUUGAAUGAGAGAUACACAUGAGAGGAGAAGAGACAAAGUGAACGACUAUCAAUUAACACAUUUCAAUGAAAAGGAAAAGAGAGAUAGCUAAACCUCAAUCUUUCAAAUAAAAAGCACAGUAUUUUACACAUGGCUUAUCAUUGGUGGUCUUGAUGGUAAUGAGUCCUGAAUCUUCCAAUAAUAGUCCUGCAAACACAACAUCCAAUUGAAUCCCGUAGUGCAUGUGAUAUUGAUUUUAAAACAUGACCAGGUAGGAUGGUUCCUGUUCUCUGCCUAACAGGCCUGUAAUUGAAUUCUAAUCUUCUCUUCAGUGACACCCUGGAGCAGUAGCCUCCAGUAUUCCAGUGGAUUGGAAACACUUUCGAUUAGUUAAUAAAUGAACCAUAACAUCAAAAUUGCUGGCUGGAAACCUGACAAAACACCUAGCUGAACCAACCAGUCUGUCUCAAACACCCUUCAGCCGACAACUGUAACCUAUUUCCCUCAAAUACUCCACAUUUUUAAAUGACAUAUAUUUUGUAUGCGGACGUGUUCACUGAAACAGCUUCAUCCUGAAAGUGGUCCUUAGCAGUUGUUAUUCUGACAGAUACAGACCAUCAGGCAAAGAGGUGUAGUUUGGACAACAGCGACUUCCUGGUGUGUUGUUCCCUCACUGUGAUGCUUGUGCAAGUGGGUGUGUUAUUGGGUUUCGCGUACCCGAUACACACCGCUUAUCUUAGCCCGACGACCAGGGCCUGAGCUUCAGGCCGUAGGCUAGAUGGUUCAGUGGGUAGGUUCUUUCUCUCUCCUCUUCGUCAGUUUCAAUGGAGGCAAACCAGGAAAUGUCAACGAUCAUAAGCACCAAUGAAAAGGUUCUGACGAGUCCAUUUACCCUGAAGAGGUGAAAGUACCAGAGCAAAAGAGGAGCGGAACCUGGGAAAAGACUGAAGCAAUCCUUCUAAACCUGGAAAGCAAAGAAGGUGGGAAGGGAAAAAGAAGGUGAAAGGUUCUUUGAUAUCGGUGCCUGUUUGCAUCUGAAACUCUGAACGUGUUUCUUUGAUAGAGUGCUGGGACCAUGGGAAAAACAUGGGUGAGUUUACUUCGAGUUCCACUGGGAAAAACCUCAGCUAGUUCAGAGAGACAGUUCACAUGGUGAGACUGUUCCACAGAAAUGAGAAGUGGUUAUUAGGUUAUUGAAUCAUCAUUAUAUAGUCAUGAUAGACUGUCUUAGAUACAUUACAACACAAUAGCGGAGAUCAUCUGUCAGUCGUUCUUUCCAACCCGUCAGCAGCUCCCUGGUCACCUUAGUCAUUCCUCACUCCCCUUUCUACUCCUUCUGACCAAUCCAAAGACCACGAUGGAGUCAUGCAAAACCUAACCUGAACCUAACCACUCCACGCUUAUGAAGACAAACAGAGAUUGUUGUACUCUGUGAUGGGGACAGAAACAGACGGGAAGACAUUCAAAACCUUUUUGUAAAUGUAUGGAUCACUACAGGAUGGUAGAACUUGAAAUCUGACUAAAAAGAAGAGAGGAACAGGACACAGGGACAGGGACACAGACUGUUUUUGGGGACAGAGAACCUCUGCGAUUCAUAAUCCACAGUGCCCUAGUAUAAGGGUGGUCGACACCUGUAGGUCGGUGGGAAGCUCUCUCUGGCUGCCACACCCAAAGGGAAAGAGGGGCAUUUUUAGGUACUGACCUCCUGGACUGGUUUGGCCCCACCCGGCCUGAGUCCAGGUCACCAUGGGGUGCAACAUGUGUGUGGUUCAGAAGCCUGAGGAACAGUACAGGGUCAUGUUCCAGAAGGGUCAAAUAAGUAACACGCUGUGUCCUUUUGAUGGAGAAGGUCGACUGAAGGUGAAUGGUAAGGAGCUGUCCUGUCUCUCACGGGACCCCACCCUGGAUGUGCGAGACCCCCUGCUGUCUCACGUGUUGAAGAGGGGGGGCCCGGCGGCGGGCGGGACUCGCAGGGCGGCUAGCGGGGCUGGACGGGACAGUAGCAGUUCCAGGGGGGCUGACUGACUGUGUGGACAGCGGCACUCAGACUGACAUCAGCUUCCAACACAUGUUGACUCUGGGAAGGACCACCCACCAUCCAGGUGGAGCCCCACCCCCUCACCCGCCCCCCCUCCCCUCCACUACCACCCAUCCUGGAACCCAA